AAGCCAAAAAUCAAGUAUUCUUUGUGUAGUAUAGCUUCAUUCAAGAGUUUUUUCAUUUUACUUCUACAACAAUGACUGCCUCUACAAUGGCUCUCUCUUCCCCUUCUUUUGCUGGAAAUGCAGUGAAACUCUCACCAUCUUCCUCUGAGAUCACUGGAAAUGGAAAAGCUAUAAUGAGAAAGACUGUUACCAAGGCGAAGCCAGUCUCUUCUGGUAGCCCAUGGUAUGGUCCUGAUCGUGUCAAGUACUUGGGCCCAUUCUCUGGUGAAGCACCAAGUUACUUGACUGGUGAGUUCCCUGGUGAUUAUGGGUGGGACACUGCUGGACUUUCAGCUGAUCCAGAAACUUUUGCUAAGAACCGUGAGCUAGAGGUGAUUCACUGUAGAUGGGCUAUGCUUGGAGCUCUCGGUUGUGUCUUCCCCGAACUCUUGGCUCGUAAUGGUGUCAAGUUCGGUGAAGCUGUCUGGUUCAAGGCUGGAUCUCAAAUUUUCAGCGAGGGUGGACUUGACUACUUGGGCAACCCAAGUUUGGUCCAUGCACAAAGCAUCUUGGCCAUUUGGGCUUGCCAAGUUGUGUUGAUGGGAGCUAUUGAGGGUUACCGUGUUGCUGGUGGACCUCUUGGUGAGGUUACCGACCCACUCUACCCCGGUGGUAGCUUUGACCCAUUAGGUCUUGCUGAUGACCCAGAGGCUUUUGCUGAGCUCAAGGUAAAGGAGAUUAAAAACGGUAGGCUUGCUAUGUUCUCCAUGUUCGGAUUCUUCGUUCAAGCUAUUGUCACUGGAAAAGGUCCAUUAGAUAACCUUGUUGAUCACCUUGCUGACCCCGUUAACAACAACGCCUGGGCCUAUGCCACAAACUUUGUCCCCGGAAAGUAAAGUUCUUAAAAGAAGAGUCUCUUUUAGUAUCAGAUUGUCUGAUGUCCUUGUGAAACUGAUGUAAAUUACUGGAGAUUAUAUAAGAAUUUUGUUCAA